GCGAUCGAAUCUAGAGAAGUUUAAUGAGAUGUAUGACUGGUGGCAUGCUGAAGUUCAAGCUAGGAAUGCUACACAACAGGAAAAGGAGCGUGCAAGGAUUUUGGAGGAAGAAAAAAUAACAAGGCGUUGGAGGCGGAGGAGCGUAAGAAGGAGCAACAGGCCUUUCAUAAGGAAAUGGGAAAGCUGCUGGGUGAUCAGCUCAAGGAAGUGUGUCCAUCUAUUCUUACUACAGGAGGCAGUAACAAUCAAAGCAAGGAGGAUGAGGUUGCAAAAAUGAGACGUGAAUCGGAGGAAUUCCGAAAGAGCGUGGAGGAACGGAUGGAGCGGCUUACGCUUGAGAAUGAGCAGCUUCGACGGAUGAACGAGAACCCGACCCUCCAAGCCCCCACUAGCCGAUUGGGGACGAGGCGCAGAGCUGGAGUGCUUGGGGAGGAGGCUUUUGUGCCUACUCCUGGUCGAUCAUACCCACCGGUGGAGUCUCUGAGUGAGCUACAGAAGAUGCGUGCAGCCUAUCAGAAGGUGGUUAAAGACAAGGAGAUGGCGGAGGCCGAGAUUCGCUUGUUGAAGGAUUUAAAGGCUCGUUCUCAGGUGGAAGUCUUGGAGCUUAGGCAGAAGCUGAACCUGAGCAAGACACCUCGGACGAAUCUUCGCGCUACGUUUGAAGAUGCUGCGAAAGUCAGCUUGGAGGAUGACGAUGAGGAAUCCGAGCCGUUGGUAAAGGACGAAGGGGUGAAAUCAGAAGAAGAAGAAGGAAGUUGGCUAUCAGGAUCGGAGUGCGAAGGAUUCGAGGCUGAAGUGCGCGACGCGGCGCGAGAACGAGCACGAGAGCGGAGGAAACGGAAGCGCCAGGAGACCGCGGAGGGAAAGCGACCCGCAACAAACGUAUCCUCUUUCGAUCCGUCGAUCGGGGACCUGUGGCAUGAUCCAGAGCUGCCAGAGGAGGAAGAUGAUGGAACCACAACGGAGGGAUCAUGCGACAGAAGAAGAAGAAGAAGUGAAUCGCCAGCUCCCUACGAUCUGUCUCUUAUACACAUCUAGAUGUGUAUAAGAGACAGGAGGGAAAGCGACCCGCAACAAACGUAUCCUCUUUCG